AAAUCCGUUUCUUUAUUAUCAUUUUAUUUUGAAUGUGUAUUUGAAAGAAGAAAAUAAAAGUAGAUCAUUUUUAGUUUUUACCGCCGCUUGGUACCAUGACAGUGGAACAUGUAGACAUCCAUACAUUAUCAUGGCGGCUGAGUCAAAAGCAGGACAUAACAAGUUUGCUGCACCGAUAUUUACGUUGCCUAUUUCCUGUCAAAUAUGCCUUGGAAAGGUGAAGCAGCCUGUCUUGUGCCCCAAUCAUCAUGUUUUCUGUGCUUCCUGUAUGGAGAUCUGGUUAGAGCGAAAUCAACAAUGUCCUGCUUGCAGGGUGCCAAUAAACGAACACAAUCCUGUUAAACAUAUAAGAGGUGGUCUAAAUCAGCCAGAAGAUGAUGAACAAAAAGAGAACAGCACGGAGUUACGAAGAGCUCGUUUUAAUCUUUUGUUUCGAGAAUAUGAGGAUGAGUUGGAUCAUCUACAAGAGGAAGUAAGACUGCUAAAAACAGAGAAUGUCAUUCUCAGAUCUAAGCAGAAUGAAGACUCCAACAUAAACAGAUUGCAAACAACCAGCCACAAAAGCAGCAUUGGCCCUUCCAGUGUUGAGGAAAAUGACAGACUACUUCUGCUGACAAAAAAGCUGCAAGAUGUACAGAAGCUUUAUGACAAGGUCAAGCAAGACAUCAGCAAGUACAAGCAGGAGAAUGGUGAGCUGAAAGACGAAAACAUUAAUCUGGUUAGAGAGAAUGCUAAACUUCGUGAGGAAAUUGCACAUCGUUCUCCAUACAGGUAUGGACGUUACACUGUUGCAACAUUGGAGUCACAGUUGGAAGGGCAGCAGAAGGAAAUUGCUAGGCUGAAAAAAGCUUUGGAGCGCAGUGAUCAGUAUAUCAAAGAAUUGGAGCACCAGAUUCAGUGCAGUCAAGGAAGCAUCAAACAUUCAACGCCCAAGAGAAGUCACAAAAAGUCGAACACAGAUUCAAAGAGAGAAAAGUUACAUCUUUCACAAACUAACUCCAAACUAUCCCAAAAACGUGUGCAGGAAGACAGUGUGUCUGUUGAUAUUAAAAAUCCUGUCAUCAGUAUUAAAAAUGAAAUUAAUCAGCAAAACUGUGGUGUAAUCAGUGGCCAAUCAGUGGCAAGACAGUUGUUUGGUGGUGGUAGGGAUGAUGAUUAUGCUACCUUUGAUAGAAUGAAGCAAGCUGAAAAAUUAGACGAAAAGCAUCAUUUGUCACGAGACUGUCAUGUUCAGAAUGUCCAGGGGGAACCAGUGCAACUUAGGGAUGAAAGAUAUUCAAAUGGGCUGACACACAUAAGCAGAACUGACAGGGCAUUGGUGAAAGACUUCAAAAGCUUUACAGGUAAUGCUGCUCCAGAAAAAUUAAGGACUGAUGAAAUUAAUAGGACUAAUCAUUCAGUGCCAGAAAGUGGUAAAAUAUCUUUGGACAGCAGAGAACUUUCUGGUGUGCCUAAAUAUCAAAAGGGAAAUUUCCAUUCACAGACAAGUACACAGUCAUGGCAUACAAGUGACAGACAUCCUAACAUCCAACAGCUGUUCAAAGAGGAAGAGGAUUUAUUAGCAAAGCAAAAUGAAAGAAGUGACAGAAGUAGGAAAGCCUUUGAAACUCAAGAUUUUGAUUCAAUGUAUAAUGGUAUUUGCAAAAAGUAUGGAUUGAAUCCCAAGAUUGACCAUCAUGCCAAGGAGAAAGAAAGGACUGUAUUGGAUAGAGAAAUUCCAGAGUCCAUAAUGAAGAAACCAGAACUGUCUGGAAAUUGUGAUUUCAGGGAACGAUCUCCUGGCAAGAGAGUGCAAUUUGACUUGAAUGAGAAAAAAAGUGAGGAGACAUCAUUUGAUCUUGAGAUGCCCAGUCCUUUAACAUCAUCAACAUCCAUUGGAAAGGUGUCUAUAGAUUCAGGAGAUUUUUCAGUGGAUAUCUUGCCUUCUCAUAUGCCUUUAUCAGUUAAUGCACACCAUUUGCAUAGCAGCAAAGUCUCAGAAAAUGAUACAAAAUCGGCUACCUCUGAACUUUGCAAAAGAGAUGUGCACAACCUUCCUGCCAUUGUAUCAGAGCAGCUUAGCAAAAAUGAAGUUUCUUAUCCAUCAGAAGUCUGUGUCCAUUCACAAAGGACUAGUUUGGAGAGGAAGAGAAUAGAAAAUGUGGAGACUGAUUUAUUGCAGAUCUCAUCCUUACAAGGUCAGUCAUCAGAGUUCCAAAGUAGCAGUGUUUUGAGUGGCCCAGAUAUCAGCACACCACAGUCACUGACAGAUUACACAUCAGAGCGUUCUCAGGCAAGCCAGAGCUUCAACAAGACAAAGAGAGAGAGUGGAUCCUUCGAUCUAGAAGGUCCUGGGCUGGAUGACACACAGACAAUUCAGACUGAAUUAAGUGACCUAGACAUUUCCAUGACUCCAGAGCUCACAGAUUGCCUGAAGCUUCUGAAUCGGGCUGAAAGGAAAGUCUACCAAUCAGACCCAUCAGACUUUGGCAAACACCAGGGUGGGUUUGAAGCCAGCCAUGUUCCUGGACCAUUGCAUGUGAGUAUGCCAAGAACAUAUAUAGCAGGGACCGCUAAUGUGCUGAGUGGUUGGGAGCAUGGUUUCUUUAGCAGCUUGAAAGUGAACCCUUACAGGCACAACACCAUGUCACAGCAGCCAGCAGGCUAUCAUUAUGGAAAUACUGUUGGAAAUGGCUCAGAUUGGACAAACUCUCUGAUGGGGAAUGGUGGGAUCAGUACCACAAGGGUGGAUGCUAACCAAACUUCAGAUCUCAAGCAAGCUUACAAUGGGUCUGUGCAGUCCUGCCUUCCACAUCUGCAGGCAGCUGGGCAAUCCCUGGCAGAGAAGCUGUUUGCCUUGCCAGUUGAUAAUGAUGGUAAGCCAGUCCUUCCAAGACCUGCCUCAGCUCCAUCUGCCAGCAGCAAUAUUUUAACACAUGCUUUUUCAUCCAUCCCUUCUACAUUCUUGUCCACUGCAAACUCAAGUGCUCAUGGAAAGUUCACUGUUACUUCUGGUUUUAAUCCUCACACAGACAGCUCCUAUGGGUUUAGUGGUGCAUCACGAAGUGUCUCGGAUUUUGAAAUAGAUCUUCUAAAAUCUGGGAAGUCUGCCUCCUCUGUGUCUUCAGGAAAGUAUGGUAACAGUAACUACAGUUACGUGUCAGAUGCUUCCAGCAUGAUUGAAUGGCCAAAUAUGAAAACUGUGGAGUCAUCUUUUUCACCAGAACCAAAGAAAAGAUUAUUUGAUUCUGAUGAUGACAUGGAUCUGAGUAGUCCAAAUAAAACCACAAAAAUAUUGUGAAAGCGACAGCCUUGAAACAUAUUCACAGAUCUUCUUUGAGUACUUAUUACAAAAGUAAAUCAGUUCCAGCAUUACACAACCCCAAAAGGUAAUCAAACAUUUUCUUGUUAUUCUUAGUAAAGAUUGAUGUUGCUUAGUGCUUUAUAAGCAGUUAAAUGCCUUAUAAGGAUGUGUGCAUUUAUUUCGCGUGUUUGGUACAUAAAUGCCUUCCAGCUUUUUGUAUUCAUUAGGUGAAUUUUUAUUUAUUCUUAGUUCAUUGCUGUUCACUUUAUAACUGUACAAGUAGUCUUCCUGUGUGCGAAUCCACCUCUGGGCGUACCUGUUAGUUUUGGUCCAUAUCUGCUCUGCAAAGGCAGGGGCAAAAAGCAAGUUGAUGUAGUCAACAGGCCUUGCAUCCUUGGGUGGAAGGUGCUUGGGGCCUGGAGCAUCGGUGAAAUUGAUAGGCUAAGGUCCAAGGUCUACUCCUACAAUGGGCAGCCAAAUGCCAUGCACGUCUUAGCCAUUGCCCUUAUCAUCAGCUUGAUCAGCAUCAUCACUCUCUCCACAGCUAGACCCUGCAUAUUCAAACAAAAACAAAUUAUUAUUACUAUUAUUGUUUUGUAUAAUAACAAGCUAUAAAAAUGCCACACAUUAUAAGUAAUGCAUGUAUUUAUGUGCUAACAACCGCAAAAUGGAAGCUAUAAUUAUAUGUAUAUAUUUGGAUUCCUGGAACAUUAGUCCCCAGUGACUGUCACUUGGAGUCAUUAGGUAAUAAUAAGGUGUGACUGUCGGAUGUAUAGGGAGAUAUCUUUUUUCUACAUUUAUCAUGUGUUUUUAUUGAUUGUUGAUAUUUUUAUAAUUAGAUUUAGACAGGGCCUGCUAGAGGAGGAUAUAUUUGUUUUGUUAACAAGGAAAUAAAUAUGGGACAAAUAAGCCUUUGGUCCUGAAGGAAACAAGGCAUCUUCCAGCUCUAUCGUCACUUGGCUGUUUUAACUGGAAGAAUUAAAUCUGGCAACAGACUAGCUUAGCAUCCUUUGCCGGAGCAGGCUGGUCUUUGGUCAUCAAUACAGUCAUAUGCUCAGUGUAGUAUGACGAACACAUACCUACCUUGCAUACGCAUGACGUAUUACACACGCACAACGCUCGACGAGCCCCCGCAGAUGAUGAUGAGGAUAUAGACAUUUGUAGGUGAAUUGAAUAGAAGAGGCACAAAUUCAGAAGAAUGUCACUGAGAGAGUUAUAAAGAAGACAGCGGAGAAGACUUGUUUUUUCCCGCUCACUCGGCUAUUUUUAGAUGUUGAUUUUUUGAGGGAAUGGAUGUUGGUGUAGGGGUGAGGUCGCUGUCCUUUGCAUGUGUUGUCUAUCUAGUUUUUGCUAUCUUUUUCUGUUGGUGAUAAGAUUUGCUUAGUCUGUUUUGGUGGUGCACUGUGCUGGUGCCCUUUUAAAAUUUGGAUUUUGCAACCCAACACUAUUUAGGACUGCAUCUGUCCACUCUGCAAGUUGAGGUUGUGGACCUCAUCAUGUACGUGGAUGUUUUAAAUUGUGGACAUUUUUUUUCGCUUUGCGAAACAAGGUCCUUUUGCUUUUUCUCUUGAGAAUAACAAAUUGCAAUUAAUGAUCAUCAGGUCAGCCUAAAUGAUACUUUAUUUUCAAGAUUGAUUUCACCUAACCAAUAACUAUUUUUAUCCAUUACUUGUGUGGUUGUUUACAGACAAAAAGUUUAAUUAAUUAAAACAGUUUAUUUACCUCAUCCAUUGAUCGUUCUGCUGACGAUUGGGCACAUACCGUCCUCACAGCAUCUUCCCACGCCACCUUCCAGACAUCUUAUUCUACUAAAUGGUACAUACGCUCGUCCUCAAAAGUUUGCUCUGCAGUCUUAGUAAUAUUGCUAGCGACUAUAUUUUCCACAUUGACAUUAUCACAUCUUCAUGUGGCAUCCACUAGAUGUGCCUUUAUCUUAAACUUGUGUUCCUUGAUCUCCAAAUUAUUGUAGUACAUGUUGGUUACGGGCAUGUACCUGUUCGUUGAUUGAGUUUCGCGCCCGUGUAUUUCCUUAGCUGACCAGCACUCGGACAGUGUGAAAUGCAUGGGAACUUUAACAGCAAGCAUACACAUGCAUGGUUCUGCAUUCGAGGGUUAUUUCACAUCUCUCAAAGAGUUGCAUAAUUUAGGCGACAUCAUUUUGAGAAAACGAAGAAAUCUCUCGGGCAGCUUGAUACAUUCCGUAGUGAUACCUAACUACAGCAGUUUGACUGCUUUCAUGAACAUUUUACAAUAUUUUUGCAAUAAGGUGGAAGUUGUUUAUGGUAUCUGCAAGGCAAAGUCAUCUCCUCUCUUGAAUUUUGUAAAACCUACUUUUGCUCUGGCCACAAAAUCGUGUCCAUGUCAUCUCACACUUUGUUGUCGCUCUUUCAGAUAUAAUUUAAGUUGGUGCACAGGCACGAUCGAAAUAGAGGGCACGAUUCCAUUCUAAUUAAGUCUUUUGGUUGUGCACUUAACGCAUUCAAAACAGAAACAGCAGCUUGGACCGCAUAUUAAUACAUUAUCAAACUUUGCUAAACAGAUGUAACCAAAGGUAAGAACUCUAUCUCACGGGGUCUAUAGCAGUCUGCGAGCACUACCCUCAAAAUCUAAAGAGCCAUGCUAAUUUUAGUAGCACUGCAGUAAAUGGCAAUCGGAAAUUCCUCUCAAUUCCAACACACACCCCUACAACUUCAUUUAAUUCUAACACAUAAAAGUGCAACGAUAUGUAGUCUGUUGUACAUAAAACAUCCAGCUACCACUGUAUAAGAGAGAGAAAGUGAGUUCCUGCCCCUCAAAAAAAAAAAGGGGGGUGGAGAAUGGGGAGACCCCACAGACCUUGAAGAUGUACAACAAGCUCAAUAGGACAGAGCCCUACAUGUAGUAAUUACCAGUCACCUCUAUCCAGAGACUUAGGGUGUCCAAGUUGUCAGCAGGCAAGUGUCAAAGAUCACAUUUCUAACAGUGUUAAUUAAACAAUAGCUGUGUUUGUGUGUAGGUGGAUGUAGAGAGAUCUUGUAUGGGCAAAAUGCUCAACUAUUUUUUUAGUACUCAAAAUGUGAAAGAUUUCAUGGAGAAUAUUUUAUAUGAAUACUGAAUAUUGGAAUGUAAUGUGGUUUUUUCAUAUUUUUCUUAUAAAUUAUUUGCAGCAAAGAAAAACAUAUUUUCUUAUGAAGCAAUAGAGUUGUAUUGCAAAGUAUGAUAUUGUUCUGGUCUAACCACAUGUAUAAAUUAUGCUUGUAUUAAUGGUAUUUGCACACAAUCCGAGAAAAGUCACUUGCCAAAUAAAUGUAUGAUAUGUUGUCUGGAGUGUUUGGGU